AUGCAGGCUAUUAAGGAUAAGUUUAAAGAUAUGAGCGCCAUGCGCAAAGCCAAAGCUGAAGCUAAGGAGGAGGAAAAAGCAGAGAAAGACUUGGCAAAGACAAGAGUAGAAGUAGCACAUGAGGUAAGAUUGGCAAAAGAGGCAGAAGCAGCCAUGCAUUUACAUGUCAACAGAGCAGCAGAGAAGAUUGCAAAUGAAGAGGGAAAAUAUGUUCAUGAACCUGCAGAAGGAACCUUGGAUCCUUAUGCUUCUAGCUUCACCAACACUCAGUUGAAUAAUGCUGGAACAGGACCAAAUAACAAUCUACUCUAG